ACCGUGAAAGCCUGCGCUCGCUGGUUGUUGCCAUAGUCCGAGGAGGAAGCGCUCCGUGUGUUUGGGAAGGGGGUUCGUCGCGUUCCUUUAGCGGUAUAGCGGUGUGUUUUGGAGGCCCGGCAUGGAGCCGCUGGAGGCCGAGUGAGCACCGCGGUGUCUCCCUCACAGCCAGGACGGCGGCUCGCAGGGACCCAGUGCGCGCGCUCUGCCCCGGGGAUGGCCCGCGGGCCGCGAUGAACCGGCCGGGCGGCGGAAAGGCGGAGUGCGGCCCGGGAGCGCCGUGUUCCCCCAGGCAGGCCGCCGGGGAGUGCUGGUGGAGGAUGUCCGGCCGGCGCUGCGCCGGGGCCUCGGGUUCGGCCGCUGCCUACGGGGACUCAGCGGGCGCGGUGGAGCCGGCACGGGAGCUGUUCGAGGCCUGCAGGAACGGUGACGUGGAGCGGGUGAGGAAGCUGGUCAGCACCGAGAACGUGAACAGCCGGGACACCGCCGGCCGGAAAUCAACCCCGCUGCACUUCGCCGCAGGAUUUGGUCGCAAAGAUGUUGUUGAAUAUUUGCUGCAGACUGGUGCCAAUGUCCAUGCUCGCGAUGAUGGUGGACUAAUUCCUCUCCAUAAUGCUUGCUCCUUCGGCCACGCAGAGGUUGUGAAUCUUUUGCUAAGACGUGGAGCUGAUCCUAAUGCCCGUGACAAUUGGAAUUAUACCCCUCUCCAUGAAGCAGCCAUAAAGGGCAAAAUAGACGUUUGUAUCGUACUACUACAGCAUGGUGCUGAUCCUACUAUACGUAACACAGACAGCAGAACCGCUUUGGAUUUAUCUGACCCAUCAGCAAAAGCUGUCUUGACAGGAGAGUACAAGAAAGAUGAGCUGCUGGAAAGUGCUAGGAGUGGCAAUGAAGAAAAAAUGAUGGCUCUUCUAACACCCCUAAACGUCAACUCUCAUGCCAGUGACGGGAGAAAGCAGGAUGGGACAGCAGUUUUCAGCUCCAGUCCUCAGGGAUCUCCAGCUAAGUCUACCCCACUUCAUUUAGCAGCAGGCUAUAACCGCGUCAAAAUUGUUCAGUUGUUACUUCAACAUGGAGCUGAUGUGCAUGCGAAAGAUAAAGGAGAUCUGGUGCCCCUUCACAAUGCUUGUUCAUAUGGCCAUUAUGAAGUAACUGAACUACUGGUAAAGCACGGGGCCUGUGUGAACGCAAUGGACCUGUGGCAAUUUACUCCUUUGCACGAAGCUGCGUCUAAGAACAGAGUGGAAGUGUGCUCUCUGUUAUUAAGUUAUGGUGCAGAUCCCAACAUGCCUAACUGCCAUAACAAGAAUGCAAUUGAUUUGGCCCCAACUCCCCAGCUAAAGGAACGUUUGUCAUAUGAAUUUAAAGGUCAUUCAUUGCUGCAGGCUGCAAGAGAAGCAGAUUUAGCCCGCAUUAAAAAACACCUCUCUUUGGAGAUGGUGAAUUUCAAGCAUCCUCAAACCAAUGAGACAGCUCUGCAUUGUGCUGCUGCAUCACCAUAUCCAAAGAGGAAACAAGUUUGUGAAUUACUUAUGAGAAAAGGAGCAAAUGUCAACGAAAAGACCAAAGACAGCUUUUUGACACCGCUUCACGUUGCUUCGGAUAAAGCUCAUAAUGACGUUGUAGAAGUGCUGGUGAAACAUGAAGCCAAGGUCAAUGCUUUGGAUAACUUAGGCCAGACAUGUCUCCAUCGGGCAGCACAUUGCGGCCAUUUACAGACAUGCCGGCUCCUGCUGAACUCUGGCUGCGACCCAGCAACAGUGUCACUUCAGGGUUUUACUGCUCUUCAGAUGGGGAAUGAGAGUGUGCAACAGCUACUUCAGGAGGGCACACCAUUCAGUAACACAGAUGCUGAUCGCCAGCUGUUGGAAGCUGCAAAAGCUGGAGACCUAGAUACAGUCGUGAAAUUGUGCACUCCGCAAACUGUUAACUGUCGAGAUAUAGAGGGUCGCCAUUCUACACCUCUGCACUUUGCCGCUGGCUACAAUAGGGUGGCUGUAGUGGAAUAUUUGCUACAGCAAGGAGCUGAUGUUCAUGCAAAGGAUAAAGGUGGCUUGGUUCCUUUGCACAACGCUUGCUCGUAUGGUCACUAUGAAGUCACAGAAUUGCUGGUGAAACAUGGAGCCGUUAUCAACGUAGCAGAUUUAUGGAAAUUCACACCUUUACAUGAGGCAGCAGCAAAAGGGAAAUAUGAGAUAUGCAAGCUUCUCUUGCAGCAUGGAGCAGAUUCAACAAAGAAAAAUCGUGACGGAAAUACCCCUUUGGACUUGGUAAAGGAUGGAGAUACUGAUAUCCAAGACCUUCUCCGUGGAGAUGCUUCUUUGCUUGAUGCUGCUAAAAAGGGCUGUCUUGCUCGCGUAAAGAAACUGUGUACCACAGAAAAUGUAAAUUGUAGAGAUACACAAGGCAGGCAUUCUGCACCAUUGCAUUUAGCAGCUGGCUACAAUAAUUUGGAAGUUGCAGAAUACCUCUUACAAAAUGGGGCAGAUGUAAAUGCACAAGAUAAAGGGGGCCUCAUUCCGUUACACAAUGCAGCAUCGUAUGGACAUGUGGAUGUGGCAGCUUUGCUCAUUAAAUUCAAUGCAUGUGUGAAUGCCAUUGAUAAAUGGGCUUUUACACCCCUGCAUGAAGCAGCUCAGAAAGGAAGAACACAGCUUUGUGCUUUGUUGCUGGCCCAUGGAGCAGAUCCUGCACUGAAAAAUCAAGAGGGGCAGACCGCAUUAGAUUUGGUUACAGCUGAUGAUGUCCGUGCCCUAUUAACUGCUGCCAUGCCCCCUACUGCACUACCAGCAUUGUAUAAACAACAGGUUAUCAGUUUGUCACAGCCCACUGCCACAGCCACAACUGUCCUAUCUUCUGUGCCCUCCAGUCCUCCUAGUUUAUCUGCUGCUAGUAGUAUGGAUAACUUGGCAGGUAGCUUUUCAGAAACCUCAUCUGUUAGCAGUGAAGGAGCUGAAGGGGCUGUUGGUUUCGAGAAAAGGGAAGAAGUUUCAGGUGUUGACUUAAGCAUUAGUCAGUUUUUGCGGAAUCUUGGUCUCGAGCAUCUUAUUGACAUCUUUGACAGAGAGCAGAUCACGCUAGAUGUCUUAAUUGAAAUGGGCCAUAAAGAAUUUAAGGAAAUUGGAAUUAAUGCAUAUGGGCACAGACAUAAAAUAAUUAAAGGUGUAGAGAGGCUAAUGUCUGGACAACAAGGUUUAAAUCCUUACCUGACUUUAAAUGCAUCCACUAGUGGAACAAUACUGAUUGAUCUUGCACCGGAUGACAAAGAAUUUCUUUCUGUGGAAGAAGAGAUGCAGAGCACUUUAAGGGAACACAGAGAUGGUGGGCAUGCAGGUGGUGUCUUCAACAGAUACAACAUAUUAAAGAUUCAGAAAGUGUGCAAUAAAAAGCUUUGGGAAAGAUACACUCACCGGAGGAAAGAGGUUACAGAGGAAAAUCACAAUCAUUCCAACGAACGAAUGCUGUUUCAUGGUUCUCCAUUUGUUAAUGCAAUUAUUCACAAAGGGUUUGACGAAAGACACGCAUAUAUUGGUGGCAUGUUUGGAGCUGGUAUAUAUUUUGCUGAAAAUUCUUCUAAAAGUAACCAAUAUGUUUAUGGAAUUGGCGGGGGGACUGGAUGCCCAAUUCACAAAGACCGAUCGUGCUAUGUUUGUCACAGGCAACUGCUGUUCUGUCGUGUGACGCUGGGUAAAUCUUUUCUGCAGUUUAGUGCAAUGAAGAUGGCACAUUCACCUCCUGGACACCACUCGGUCACUGGUCGACCCAGUGUAAAUGGACUUGCCUUAGCAGAAUAUGUGAUAUAUAGAGGAGAACAGGCUUACCCAGAAUAUUUAAUAACCUAUCAAAUAUUGAAGCCAGAAGCUAGUGGAACAGGAUGAACGGAAGGAGAUGUUUAACUAGCUACUUAUCUUUUUUGUUUUAUUUUAGAUACAGUUCUUGUGAAUGCAUUGUAACAUCUUGAGAGACUAAAGCUUUAAAUAAUAUCCAGUAUAUUACCUGAACAUUCACAAAAUACUUUUAUCUGCACUUUAACAGACGUCAUUCUUACUCUGAAAAUGCGUUUGUCUAUAUAACUCUACACCGAAAUGUUUUGAGUUAACUUGAAAUUUUUUUUUCUUUAUGCAACCAUGAAAAUCUAAUUAAAUUUAAACCAGUCUAAAAAAAAA